AGUUCUUAAAGAGUUUUGUUCAGUAUCAAACUAGCUUUUGACAGUAAACACAGAAUGCAAAAUCGAAGAUAUACUUUUGAUGAUCAGCCAAUUUAUUUGUUAGGCGAGCGUGCAUGUGGUGUUCGUGGCUAUAAUAAUAUUCAAGACUUUUAUGUCAUUCGGAAACAAUGUCUUGACACUGGAACCUUAUUUAAUGAUCCUGAAUUUCACCUAUCUGGGAGAUGUGUUCGACCUAAGGAUAUUUGUGAUAAUCCUUUAUUCUUAAUCAAUAAAACUUCAAGUUUUGAUGUGCGGCAAGGUAGACUAAGUGAAUUUUGGUUCCUUUCAGCUGUUGCAAGUUUAUCAUUAAAUGAGAAAUUAUUCAAUCGAGUUGUGUGUGAUGACAAUAGCUUUGAUAAUAAUUAUGCUGGCAUUUUUCAUUUUCGGUUUUGGCAAUAUGCAAGAUGGGUAGAUGUAGUCAUUGACGAUCGUUUACCAGCAAAUGGAAAUGAAUUAGUAAACUUGCACUCAACACAAAGAAAUGAAUUUUGGUUAUGCUUACUUGAGAAGGCAUAUGCAAAACUUUAUGGAAGCUAUGAAGCGCUUCAUGCUGGAAUGUCAUGUGAAGCAUUUGAAGACUUUACUGGUGGAGUAUCUGAAAUUUAUAACCUUAAAGGAGUACAGAAUAAUUUUUAUGGCCUUAUUGAAAAAGCUUUUGAAAGGCACUCAAUGAUAACUUGUUUCAAGAAUGAAGCUGCUGAAGGAUUAAUUCGAAUUCAUGCUUAUUCCAUUAUUAAGGUUAAAUCAUUCCAGAUUCCGAAUAAGGAAGAAAAACUUCAAUUGUUGCAGUUUAGAAAUUCAUCGGAAGACGAAACUGAAUGGAUCAAAACUUUGAAUAACAAACCUCAAGUUUGGCACAAAUUUCUAGAAAAUGAGAAAAAGCUAAUCGGACUAACAGUUGAACAUGAUAAUGAAUUUUGGAUAUCAUAUCAAGAUUUUAUAAAGCACUUUGAUAGACUUGAUAUAUGCAUCUUAUCUGCAUCAUCAUUAGAACUUGAAAAAGACAGCAUAAAAUGUGAUUUAAGUCUUUUUGAAGGACAAUGGAUGAAAGAAUUCUCAGCUGGUGGUUGUAACAACAAUGACGAAACAUUUCACUUAAAUCCACAAUACGUUUUAACAUUGGAGAGUUCAACUGAUUCUGAAGAACAUUGUCAGGUCACAAUAACACUAAUUCAGAAAAACCGAAGAACCAGAGAAUCGACUCCACCUCAAUUUCUUGUCAUAGGAUUCUCAAUUUACUGUGUAUCUGAGCUGCAACUUCAACAAAAACCAUUUAAAAAAGAAUUUUUUGAAACAACUCAUUGCCACCAUGCCGUAAAAUUUACAAACUCCCGCCGAGUCACUGAUAAUUGCAAUCUCUCAGCUGGAAACUACGUGAUUGUUCCAUCGACUUUUGAUCCUAAUGAAGAAGGGGAAUUUGUACUUCGUGUUUAUUCUGAUAAUAAACAUACAUUGAAAGAACAUGAUAAAGAUGUCGAAAUCAAGAAAGUUAAUCCAAAAAUUGUUGAAGCCCACAAAGUUGAAAAGUUGUUUUUCGAUGCUGCAAAUUCAAAUCAAGAAGUAGGAUGGGGUGAGUUGAAGAUAAUUCUUGACAGUUCCAUACCAAAAGGUAAAUAAGAGAUUUUUUAUUGACUAAUCUUAGACUUAUUACUUACAACCUCCUAUGCCAAUUUGCAUUAAAAUAAAAUUCAUUUGUUAGAUAUUCAGCAAAGCGGUAAUUCUGAAGGUUUUUCCAGAGAAAAUUGUCGAUCAUUAGUAGCAAUGAUGGACAUUGACUUAUCCAGGCAUGUUAAAUUGAAAGAAUUCGAAAAAUUCUACAGUUAUUAUAAGCUAUGGAAGUCUGCUUUCAAAACAUUCAACAAAAAUGAAAAUCAUAAACUCAAUCCUUUAGAGUUUCGUGACGCCUUGGAAUCAAUUGGAUUUUACUUUGGCGCACAGAUAAUUUACUCAUUGAUUUAUCAGUAUGGAAAUGACUUUAAUACAGUUUCAUAUAUAGAUUUUAUCAUGUGUGCAGUUAAGAUUCAAACAUUGAUUGAUAUUUUCGAAAAGAAGACUAAAGAAGAUCAGGCUAGAUUUACAUUGGAAGAAUGGAUCAUGUCUACAAUUUAUCCAUAAAAUUUUGACUUUAAUUCAGAAUAUUUUUUGAAGAUUUUUGGAAACUUAUUUAAGAUUAGUAAAGUAUUAAGUGUCUAAUAAAAUCGAAAUUUUCAAAUCUA